ACAACCAUUUGGCAUGUAUGGAGACAGGUUGUGCAACCCGAUCACAAGGCAAUGGGUGAUAUGAAUAAAGACUAACAUCGAUUCGUCAGAGAAUCACAACCAUCUAAGAAAUUUAAAGACAUCUCGAGAGAUGAAUCAUUCACAACCGAACGCACUCAAAUGGAGAACCACGGACGAGGAGCAGAGACAAGGAAAAUACCCAGAGUUGGAAAUGGUCAUAGUAACACUCCAGAAAUGUAUUUGUGUCUACAUUCCUAUUGGCGUGGUUGGCAACAUUAUUUCCUUCCUUGCGACAGCAUCAAAGGACAACCGAAAGAUCAGCGUAUGUGUCUACAUGUCCGCACUCUCUGUUGUUGAUACCAUGGUGCUUCUUACCCAGGGAGCUUACUUGUUACUUAAUUUCAUCCUUUCGACGGAAUCGAGUACCCAGGAAGUCCAAGUAGCCAGCAACGUCCAGCAGUACAUCUGGUACUCCAACAACACAUUCGGUAUGUUGUCGGGACUUUUCCUAGCAAUGAUGAGCACCGACCGUGCCAUAGCCAUCCAGUUUCCCUUCAGGGCAAAAUCAAUCUGUACACCACUGAACGCAAAGAAGGCGAUCAUUUUGGUUAGUUUUAUUCCAGCGGCCCUAAACAUCAAUCUCUUCUUCACAUAUCGUACACAACAGGACACCCUGACAGGCUCAAUAACGGAGGUCCUUGACUACCCUAACCCUAAAUGGGUCGAGACCGUCGUUGGGUUGUACAUACUCUUAUUCGGGACUAUCUUCCCCUUCACUGUCAUAAUUUUCUGCAACACUCUCAUAAUACUCAACGUGCAAAAAGCAUCGAGGAGAAGACAAAAGAUGGAUGCAGCGAAUAAACCGGGGACAACUGGAGAAAAAGAAAAUCACCUAACCAGGAUGCUGAUUUUGGUUUCUCUCACAUAUCUGAUUCUUUCAAUACCCCUCCGAUUGUCAACUGUCGUUUUUAAAAUCCCCGAACUUGCCAAGAUGUACGAUUUGACAGAUGACUAUUGGCAGUUACGUCUGUACCUUGUGAAGAUGGUUUUAUUCACCUUGUGGACCCUUAACUUUGCCGUGAACUUCUAUAUGUACCUACUAGGAGGUGGACAGAAGUUUCGAAACGAAACCAAGAAAGUAUUUGCUCAAGCCUGUAAGAGAGCAUGAUGGCAUUGUGACUCUACUGGGCUCUUGACAAAGAGGACGCGAGUUCAAAUCCCUCCAUGCCGAUCUACCAGCGUUGUGCAUAUAUCAAUUUUAGGAUUGAUGUUCACCGCCGGUUCUAGUUGGCACGAAAUCCCGCCUGAGUUACCUAGUUCUCUGCACAUCAAAAACUUAGUGACGCACCGACUCAAAUAUUGGUUUCGAUAAAAGAUCGCUUGAUGCAGAAGCACUUUGAACUAGGACUCUGAACGUGGAAGUAGAGCCACCUAAGGAUUAUUUGCCAGAAGUUAUGCAACAUGUCAACUGUCAGGCAAUGCGGCAAGUUUACUUACAAUCAUUUCAGUUCACAACAAGAUGUGAUUUUUCAUAGUGUGGAUGUUUAUGAAAAUUAGUGUCUCUUGGCCAACAAAACUGGUCAUGGAUCACAAUCAAGUCUCCUAGACGGUCUCAACACGGAAUCCUCACAGAGGUCUGUUAGAAUUCCCCGAGUCGAGGCAUUCCCCGUGGUGACAUCGACUGGUCGCAGCUGAAAUGCUGGAAGUCCAACUCUCAGCUGAUCACCUUGAAACAUCUCAAAUGUGGGCAGAACAGUUUUUAGCCCGAAUUGAAAUUGAAAGUCAU